AUGACCCCAAUUCCUACUGACUGGGCAUUGCACACCACAUGCAUUGCUGCUGACUUUGUUCACCGGCUCUUUGCUUGCCAUGUCAGCGAUCAGCAACCGUUGGCGUCGCCUCCAUUGGCACUGGAUGUGCUGACCAUGCUCGCUUGUCGGCAGUUAGCCCGAGUGCUCGCCGAUGCAUAUGCAAACCCGAGUCGUUCCCAACAAUUGUUGGAGAAGCCCUCGGUGCUCAUGGAUUCCGGGGGCCGUAUCAUCUUAUGGUACCUUCCGGACGCCAUUAGCCUGUGGAUUCAAGCCAAGAUGGAAGCAGCCACGGUCGGGAUGGGCUACCUCCUGAAAACAAGCAUCACCAGUGGACAAGAGUCCAACUGGAGAACAUUCUCCGGUCAUUUUCACAUGAGCGAUUGCCGCCUGCUAACCCCAGGAUGCAUCAACAUAGCCCCUUGCUGGUUCCAGCAAGGCCGAGAGUGUCAGCCUUAUGGAUUCCCCCCUGCUGGUGGCUUCACCCCGGAGGUGUCGGCUAUGCUGAAGGGCGAAGGUGGUCCGAAGGUCAUAUUAUUGAUGCAGCGAUCGGCACUCCUGGCCUCGGCGGCUCUUCGGGUGAUGCACCCGGAGUUGUAUUGGGCUUCGGUCACCACACAGAUGAAACUCACUCAAUGGGCUAUGGAAAAUGAGCUUGAUGGCAUGUAUGCUCGUCUGCAACUUUGGGCCUUGGUGUUCAACUGCGCAGCCGUCAUGUGUAACAGGCAAUGCCCUCUUCACCGAGAUCCGAGAUCUACUCCAGAAGGGUUCGACGUCAUGACCAGUGUCGGCCAUUAUUGCAAUGGCCUCAUGACGCUGUCCAAUCUCGGCAUUCAGUUGUGA